AUGGUGUAUUUGAUUGUUUGGUUCAUAUUUUCACUUAUUUUUUUGGAGCAUAAAAUAAAAUGCAAAAAUAGAUUUAGUGUGUAUACAUACAUAAAUUCUAUAUCUAAUAUAAAACAUGAAAAUAGAAAAAAAAUAAAAUUAAAAAAUAAUGAAAGUAAUCGAAAUAUCUAUUUAAAUCCGAAUUCUGAAAAUUGUGAUAAUAACAAAGGAUAUGAAAUAAAAAAUUUCAAACCAGAAAAUAUAAAAGUUAAUAAAAAUUUAAAUAUAAAUAUUUUUAAAAAUAAACAAAAUGAUUCAAAUAUAUAUAAUGAGGGAAUGUGUAUAUAUAAUAUAUUGAAAAAUAUUGAAAUUAAAGAUGUUAAAAAGGUUCCAUCAUAUGAUCCAGAACUAACAAAUAUAAAAAUUGAAAAUAAUACAAAUAAACUAAUUAAUGAAAAUGAUAAAAAUAAUAAAUAUUUAGAAAAUUCAUUAAUAUAUAGUGAUCGAAAUUACAAUAUACCAAAUGUUUUAAAUUAUUAUCCUGACGAUAUGUUCAUUUUUAAUUUUGAUGGUGUUAUAAAUAUGAAUAAACAAGAAAAACUUAUUGUUGGAUUUAUAACAUUUAUCAAAAUUUUUAAAUGCCAAUUUUUAUUUAAUAAUAAACAAAUUUCAAAUCUCCCUUUAUAUAAAUUUAUGACAAUUGAUAAACCAUAUCUUUUUAAUGAUUCUGUUAAAAAAAAUAAGACAAAUUUUAAUGAAGAAAAUGACUUAUUUAUAUUAUUGAAACUUAUUCCUAAAUUUUUUUAUACACGUUUAUUAUAUAUUUUUAAAUAUAUAAAACGAAAUGAAGAUAUAGUAAUUGCUAUUAAAUAUAUAUACGAUAAUAUAAAUGAUAUAUGUACAAAAUAUAACUAUGAUAUUAAUCAACUUAUUCACAUUAGUAAGUUAUCAAAUACUAUUGAUAAUAAAAUUCAAAAAUUUAUGAAAAAUAAAUCAAAUUAUAGAAAUCCACAAACUAAAGAAUACACACAAUCAAAUGAAGGAAAAGAUGAUGAAUAUUUGGCAUAUCAAAUUGCUAAAGACCUCACAAAAAAUACAUUUAACCCAAAUAAAAUUGUAAAAUAUAAAAGAAUAGAAAAUCUUAGUAAUAUUUUUCCAAGUUUUAGAGUUGAAUUUGAAAACUUUUAUAUAAACAAUAAAUAUUUAGAAUUAUAUAAAAAAUAUAACAUAAAAUAUGAGCAAAUUUCUAUUGAAUUUAAUAAAAUAAGAAAUUUAUUAAUUAAUAAUGAAAAUAAAGCAUAUAUAAAUUUAUUAAAAUAUAAAUAUCCAAUUAAUAAUUUAAAUGAACAAGAUAAAAAAUAUCAUGAAACUUGGAAUAUAACUACUAUAGAUAUAAUAAAUAAUAAUAUUAAUGUAUAUAAUAAACCUAUUUAUAUUAUUUCGACUAUUGAAAAUGAUGAUUUCAUAAAAUAUACAUUAAAACAAUUUGGAGUUAACAUAAAAGAUGAACAUAAUAAUAACUUGUUACGUAUAUAUGGAAAAAAUAAUCUAAAUGAAAAUGAAAAACAAAAUGAUAGUAGCUUAAUGUUAUUGAAAAAAUUGGGAAACUAUAUUAAACCGACAUAUACGCAAAAUUAUUAUAUUCAAAACAAUGAAAAUGACAAUAAAGAAGAAUUAAUUGAUUAUAUUUAUGAUCCAUAUAAUAUAGACAUUAACUAUUAUAAAUAUUUUCAAAAAACUGGAAAAAAAAAUUAUUAUUUAAAUAAAAAUUCAGACUAUAAUAAUAUUCUUAAAAAUAAAUGUGACUUAGUUUAUAAAAUAAUAAAAAAAUAUCAUACUAAUAAUAUGAUACACAUAAUUGAUGAUAAAUAUGAGGAUUUAAAUGCGUUAAACAAUGACAACAGAUUUAAUAAAAAAGUUAAAUUAUAUUUUUGUGAAUGGGGAUACAAUACUUAUAACGAUAAAUUAAAGUCUAUUCUUAAUGACAAAAUAAAAACAUUUUCCGAAACCUUUAAACUCAUUUUUUUAUGUUGCACAUAUCAAAACUCACCACGAAGAAAACAUACCCAUGGGAAGGGAAUUCCCCUUGAUUUUUAUUCAAAAUUUAUGCACAAAUAUUGUUUAAAAAAUAAUUUAAUAACAGAACAUCCUAUCGAAGACUUGUAG